UCUGAGCUGCUUCAGUCUGGAUGAGGAUGAAGACACUGGAGCUGCUCCUGGUCGUCGCAGCGGCGCUUUGCGUCGCAGCAAAGCCGCUGAACGAGACGACGCCCAGAAACAAGCUGCUGCUGAUUUCCUUUGACGGCUUCAGGUGGGACUACGACCAGGACGUGGACACACCGAACCUGGACCAGGUGUCAGUGGACGGGGUCAAGGCCAAGUACAUCACCCCGCCAAUGCUGACCAUGACAUCACCGUCCCACUUCACCACCAUCACCGGCAGGUGGGUGGAGGAUCACGAGGUCGUCCACAAUAUGAUGUACGACGCCAAGACGAACCUGAAGCUGCCUCACAAAGUCACUCUGUCCAAGUCGAAGUGGUGGGACAACGGUGUCCUGCCGUUGUGGAUCACCGCACAGAACCAGGGUCUGAAAACGGCUUCCUUCUACUUCCCAGGAGGUGGCGCCAACUACAGUGGCCAGGCGGUGAACCGAGCACUGGUGGAGCUGCACGGUCUCCCGGAUGACAACGAGACGGAGUGGCAAGAAAACAUUGAUAAAGUGAUGAGCUGGUUCUCAGAAGAAGACUUCGACCUGGUGACGCUGUACUACGGCGAGCCGGACAACGUGGGCCAUGUCAAAGGCCCGGAAACCCCAGACAGGAAGAAGAUCAUCGAGCAGAUCGACCGCACCAUUGGUUACCUGAGGAAGACCAUGGGUCAGCACAACCUGACUGACAGCCUCAACGUCAUCAUCACCUCCGACCACGGCAUGACCACCAUCAAGAAGAAACCCCUGGUGGACGAGAUCGUCCUCCAGAAAUACCUGAACUUACUCAAGCUCGCCAGCUUUGAGAUCCUGGACUACGGCGGGUUUGGUAUCCUGACACCACGGCCAGGGAAGGAGCAGGAGGUUUACGACGCUCUGUCCAGAGCGCCGAAUCUGACGGUCUACAAGAAAAACGAGAUCCCGGAGGACUUCCAUCUCAAGAAAAGCAAACGCUUGCCUCCCAUCGUGGUCGUCGCAGAUUUGGGAUUUAACCUGAACUCAAGAUUCAUCGUCUAUGUGAACAGAGGGGACCACGGUUUCCACAACAGAGAGAUGGACAUGAAGACCAUCUUCAGAGCGUUCGGACCCGACUUCAAGAAGAACUUCCUGUCGGAGCCAUUCGACAGUGUCCACAUUUACGCACUGAUGUGUGAGCUACUGCAGAUCCAACCGGCGCCGCACAACGGCUCGCUAGCAGUGACAGAGAAGAUGCUGCUGCGCAGUGGAGGGUCAAAGGUCACAGCUUCCAUUUCUGCUGCCCUGCUGCUGCUGCUCUUCACCAUCAUCUGACUGAUCCAGGACUGGGGUUCAGACUGAUCCAGGACCGGGGUUCAGACUGAUCCAGGACCGGGGUU